ACAGCUGCGCAGUCUGAGCGCACCCCAGCAGGAAAGCAAGUGUACAGAGAGGAGCCCCCUGGCACUGUCGCUGCACUCUAGGCCCCCACCAUGACGCUGGGCUUGGAGCAGGCGGAGGAGCAGCGAUUGUACCAGCAGACGCUCCUGCAAGACGGACUCAAGGACAUGCUGGACCACGGCAAGUUCCUCGACUGUGUGGUGCGGGUGGGCGAGCGCGAGUUUCCGUGCCACCGCCUGGUGCUGGCCGCCUGCAGCCCCUACUUCCGGGCGCGCUUCCUGGCCGAGCCAGAGAGCACAGGGGAGCUGCGCCUGGAGGAGGUGUCCCCGGACGUGGUGGCCCAGGUGCUGAACUAUCUGUACACGUCGGAGAUCUCGCUGGACGAGGCGAGUGUGCAGGAUUUGUUCGCCGCGGCGCACCGCUUCCAGAUCCCGUCUAUCUUCACCAUCUGCGUGUCCUUCUUGCAGAAACGCCUGUGUCUCUCCAACUGCCUGGCCGUCUUCCGCCUCGGCCUCCUGCUCGACUGCGCGCGCCUCGCGGUGGCCGCCCGCGACUUCAUCUGUGCGCACUUCACUCUGGUGGCGCGCGACGCUGAUUUCCUUGGACUCUCGGCGGACGAGCUCAUCGCCAUCAUCUCCAGUGAUGGCCUCAACGUGGAGAAGGAGGAGGCGGUGUUCGAGGCGGUGAUGCGGUGGGCGGGCAGCGGCGACGCGGAGGCGCAGGCGGAGCGCCAGCGCGCACUGCCCACGGUCUUCGAGAGCGUGCGCUGCCGCCUGUUGCCGCGCACUUUUCUGGAGACCCGCGUGGAGCGCCACCCUCUUGUACGUGCCCAGCCCGAGUUGCUGCGCAAGGUGCAGAUGGUGAAGGAUGCGCACGAGGGCCGCAUCACCAUGCUGCGCAAGAAGAAGAAGGGGAAGGAGGCAGCUGGGGCCAAGGAGGCCAUCAAAAGCGCCUCCCAAGCCAAAGAGGCCGACAAAAGCACAGCCGAAGCCAAGGAGAACGAGGAGGACGAAUGUGUCCUACCCGGGAUCCUCAAUGACACGCUUCGCUUUGGCAUGUUCCUGCAGGACCUUAUCUUCAUGAUCAGCGAGGAGGGCGCUGUAGCCUACGAUCCCGCAGCCAAUGAGUGCUACUGUGCCUCCCUCUCCAACCAGGUCCCCAAGAACCAUGUCAGCUUGGUCACCAAGGAGAACCAAGUCUUCGUGGCUGGGGGCCUCUUCUACAACGAGGACAACAAAGAGGACCCUAUGAGUGCUUACUUCCUUCAGUUUGACCACCUAGACUCAGAGUGGCUGGGGAUGCCCCCGCUGCCCUCGCCGCGCUGCCUCUUUGGCCUGGGAGAGGCUCUCAACUCCAUCUACGUGGUCGGCGGCCGAGAGAUCAAGGACGAUGAGCGCUGCCUGGACUCGGUCUUGUGCUACGACAGACUGUCGUUCAAAUGGGGUGAAUCGGAUCCGCUGCCUUACGCCGUGUAUGGCCACGCAGUGCUCUCCCACAUGGACCUUGUCUACGUCGUUGGCGGCAAAGGCAGCGACAGGAAGUGCCUGAAGAAAAUGUGCGUCUAUGACCCCAAGAAGUUCGAAUGGAAAGAGUUGGCACCCAUGCAGACUGCCCGCUCCCUCUUUGGUGCUACCAUCCAUGACGGCCGCAUUUUUGUGGUGGCUGGGGUCACCGACACAGGGCUGACCAGCUCUGCUGAGGUGUACAGCAUCGCAGACAACAAGUGGGCACCCUUUGAGGCCUUCCCGCAGGAGCGCAGCUCACUCAGCCUGGUCAGCCUGGCAGGCACCCUCUAUGCCCUCAGUGGCUUUGCCACACUGGAGACUGAGUCGGGAGAGCUGGUACCUACAGAGCUCAACGACAUCUGGAGGUAUAAUGAGGAUGAGAAGAAGUGGGAGGGUGUCCUGCGGGAGAUCGCCUACGCAGCAGGUGCCACCUUCCUGCCUGUGCGGCUCAAUGUGCUGCGCCUGACCAAGAUGUGACCAGCCCAGAGGGCCUGAGCCAGCAUCCUUCUCGCCCUGCGGCCCUCACAGACCUGGCCUCGUGGGGGCUCCAAGGAGGAGGCCAGAGCCUACCUGGAUCUAGUUAUGGUGCACAAGGGGCUGCGUCAGCCAGGAAAGGGAAAUCACUGCCUUGUCCUAGCUUUUUGGCGGGGCUAAGAAACUAGACUCUUCUCCAGAGUUACCAUUUCCCUCUGGGUCUUCUUGAUCCAUGAGCCAGAACCACAGGGAUGGAUCCCAGGUGUGCCCUGGCCCUGGCCCAGCCUAGUAGUGUGUGCCGUGUUAGUCCCCACGGGACUCGGUCUCCUUAUUGUCAGAUGAGAGUGUCCUCAUCAAGCACACCUUAAAGCAGAACAUCUCCUUCGUUAAGAAGAAUAAAGUGCCUUCUGAGCAAGCAGCUCAGAGUCUGGAAUCAG